ACUUUUGAUGCCUGGCCAGACGGACACGUCCAAAAGAUAUAUUCUGCCCUGAUGAGUGUAGAGGCCCAGAAGCAUUAUAGCGGUUGGGCUAUGAGGAACACAAACAAUCACAAUGUUGCCAUCUUGAAAAAAUCUUGCCUUGGUGCGUUUCUAUUGUUGUUACCAGCUAUCUGCGACAAAGCUAGAUCUAAACAGUUAGAAAAACCUUGUCCAAAACCUGGAUGCUCCGGAAAACUUGAACUCACUCCGUGCAGAGGUCAAUCCGGAUUUCCCGUGACUCACUUUUGGAGGUCAUGCGGUGACAUGGUUUAUUUCCAGGGCAAAGGUCAUCACGAUCAUCCCAGGCCGCAG